UUCUUCGUUGGGUUCAUUCCACACACAACAGUUCAACAUGGCAUUCCACUGAAAGGCUUUCAAUGUCCUCUCAUUGUCCAUUCUUUCAUUUCACUUUAAAUUAAAUUUAAAGAUCUAGCAGUUCAAUGCUUAAGGUCUUACGAUUCAAUCUUGGAAAAUAUCAUAUCCUAUUGAAUCGAUUUAAAAAAACAAUUUAACGCGAUGUCUAUAAUCGAUUUUCCACAAGAUUGAUUCAGACCGGUUAUCCCUAUCCUAUGUCAUUCGCUCGCAUAUCUCCCAUUUUUGUCAUUUGUUUCACAGGCACUGACACGUCACAUGUCGAGGUGUUUUUGGAGUUGGUUGAUUGUGAGAUAGAAUUUCUCUCAGAUAAUACUAUCGCUAUAGUUGUUGCUGUAAAAUAUCGAAAUAAGUAGAAAUUAUUUUUUUAAGAGUAUCGUUAUUUAUUCGUGAAAAUUGUUAAAAGAAGAAAUACAUUAUUAAUUUGUAAUCAUGGGUGCAAUAGUGACCGCCCUGGGUUUGUUUCUAUUAAUUUCUAGCGCUUGGUCGGAUGACGCUCCUAAAGGACCAAAAGUUACUCAUAAGGUCUUUUUUGAUAUAUCUAUGGGUAAUGAAAAUAUUGGUACUGUUACCAUUGGAUUAUUUGGAAAUACUGUUCCUAAAACUGUAGAAAACUUUUAUCAGUUAGCACAAAAACCCAAAGGUGAAGGGUAUAAGGGCAGCAAAUUCCAUAGAGUUAUCGACAACUUCAUGAUUCAAGGUGGUGAUUUCACUAAAGGAGAUGGCACCGGAGGUCGCAGUAUUUAUGGAGAACGCUUUGAAGAUGAAAACUUCAAGCUCCGUCACUAUGGUGCUGGUUGGUUGUCAAUGGCUAAUGCGGGAAAAGACACCAAUGGGUCUCAAUUCUUUAUAACUACUUCAAAGACACCUUGGCUUGAUGGCAGACAUGUUGUGUUUGGCAAGGUUCUAGAAGGCAUGGAUGUAAUACGAAAAAUUGAAAAGACCACAACUGGAGCAAAUGAUCGUCCUGUUAAGGAUAUUGAGAUCACCGGAACAAGGGCAGAGGUUGUUUCAGAACCAUUCAGUGUUACAAAAGAUAGUGCUCAGUGAAUUUAGUAAUAAGUUAUAUAUUUUGUUCAAUGAUGCCUCAAUUAUGUAUAAUUUGGCAAAAUUUAUUACCAGUGCAUUUAAAAAUAUUUCAACUGAUAUUAUUUGACAUGCAAAUAUUUUACAGGGUCUAUAUUUUUAAGAUUAAAAACUUUUUUUAAAGAUAUUUUCUUUUUCUGUAAAAUAAAUGUGUGUAACAUUAACUAUGAUUUUUUAUUUCCUUUAUACAUGAUUCUGCUUCCUGCUUAAUGAUGUUAUUUUUAGACAUUGUUCCAAGUUUCCAUCCAUAACCACAUGAUUUGGUAGCCUCUGCUAUCAUAUUCUUUUUGAGGUAUGCUCUACCUAGAUUAACAUACAUGGUGCCUAAUUCAUCCAUUUUCAAUUCUUUUCCUAAGGCAAUAGCUUCUUGUAGAUAGGUUAUACUGUCAUCACUUUUUCCAAGUUUAUCACAGACUGUCCCUAUGUCGUUAAGUUGUAUAACAAUAUGUUCUUUUUCAACAUCUGGUACUUCCUUCAUUAAUUCUAAAGCACUAAGCAUUAAUGAAAGACCUUGUUCACCUUGAUUACAAUCUAUAAACAAUCUGCCAUACCAAUCUUGAGUCAUAGCAAGAAGUUUCUUGGUAGAGACAUCAUCUGUUGUAGUUUCAAUUAAUUGUUGUAGUUUAGCUAUGCACCAAUCAUAUCCUAUUUGCGCUGUAGUAUAUUCUUUUUUCAAGUGACUUAUUCUAGCAAGCUUUGAGCUUAUGUGUACCAUACGUGGAUCAUCCUCUGUGGCACCAUCUGCAAGUAUUCUUUGAGCUACAGUAACAAAUAACUGUUUUGCUUUAUCCAACUGUUCACGUUCUAAUGCCAAAUUUGCCAUUACAUCAUAGAUGUAUGUGAUUCCCAGUUGAUGCUGGAUUUGCUGGGCUUGUCUUAAAGCUACAUGUAAAAGUUGUUCAGCUUUAUCAUGUUCAUCUCUUUGGAUAAAAAGUACACAAUGUUUAAUUGUGUAUACAAGUUCAUCUUCAGCAGAAAGAGUGUUUUUUUCAAACCCUAACCAAGUGAACAACGUAAAACCUAUAGUAGAAGAAACAACUGGACCUCUCAAAGGUAUACGUCGCAAACUGGGAACAGCAAGUAUUGAAGAGCGAUUCUUAUAGCAUCUUAUUCUAGCCCAUAUUUGUCUAUAUUUAUUGGACAUAGUUUAGCAGUUCUAUUACAUAACCUAGUGCAAAUUUAAUUUUGAGAUAGUCCAAAGUAAAUCAAUCCUAAGACUUGCGUAGAGCUCUUUUUAUUAUUUAAAUUCACUUUUUCACUAAUUUAAACCACGAUUAGGGAAUCAUAGUUCUGGUGUGAAAUCUUAUUUCAGAAUUUUUGAGGGCAAAAACAAUUUCAUUUUUACAUCAUGAAAUGUAUGAAACACCAUGGCCAAUGUAGGGACACGAAAAAAGUAUCGAGUACUUUUCCUUUCGAUAGCGAUACUUUUGUAUUCAAUACUUUUACUAAAUGAGAACUUUUUGGCUAUUAUACUACAAAAAAAAACUACAUUAAAAAUUUGGAGAGGCGCCUCAUAUUGAUGGAAACGCCAUCUUACAUCAUAGCAAACCUAAAACGUUCCAGUGGUGUCAAUUCUGACACGUUUCUCUAAACCUAAACUUAAAACCAAAAACAAUUUAAUUUAAUCUCUCCUUUUU